GUAAAAAAAAGAAAUUACACGCACUUAAGAUAAUUAAAACGCCCGAGCUCAGGCAGUGUAUGCUAUAUAUUGGGCACAUUUUACCCGUUAACAUCGCUCUAGGUCGAGACUUCAAAACACAAUCAUGAAGGCUACUCUGGCAGUGUUGGGACUCGUACUGUUCGUUGUCCUGGCGGAAUGCAGGGGGAUAGGGAGGAAAGAGAAGCCCGAGAAGGAUCUGCAGAGGAAACAAUUACUGGAGAAACUUGCUGCUCGAGGUUUGAAAAAGGGCGGGAAGAGCUCAGACGAGGGCUUGAAAGGAUUUGAUGACCUGAAAUCCAAAUGCGAAGAUCUUGGUAACUUGGAAGAUGCCAUCGAAGACGCUUCGCUGGGCGAGAGUGUUGAAGCCGUGCUUGGUGAAUUGGGAGGUGAAUUCGAAAAGGUUGCAGAAGAAGUGGCCCGCUUUUGUCACCAGGUUGCAAAGGUUGAUGAACAGCUGAAGAGCGCCGAUCAGGGGAGGAAAGAAGCCGCGGGGAAAAAAUUAGCUGAGGCGUUACCUGCCAUGCAGUGCGUCAACGAGAUAGCCGAAAAGGCCGAGAAGGCAAUCCUGAGUGUGGUUACAGAUGGGUUCGGCGAGACAGAGGAGGGCGAGUUUCUUGAAGAAGCCGAAAAACUGUUCACGAAAUGUGAAGGGAAAUUGGAACAACUCGUGGGAGUGAUCGAUGAUCUUGAAGAAGGCGUUUUCAGAAAAUAGAUUGGAAAUCCGACCGCUCUACCCCUAUGACGACAAUGGAAACUCGAAAAGUGAAACUGUGAAGAAGAACAAUUUGAUGAUAUAUUCUUUCUUCGACUAAAAUCUUUUUCUGUCUUUUUUUAAAAUUAAAUGUGCAUUCUUA